CUAUCGACGCCAGGUACAUUUCCAGUUUACCCGAGAUGAACAUCGCAUCCAAUGCUAGUUUGCUCAAGCUCAAGCUGCUGGAUUGUCUGAGGAGUUCAGACAAGGAUAAGCUGCAAGAGCUUUUUAACGAGUGCCGGGCAAUCAACCCGCCGGAUCCGCAAGUAACGCUUUUAUUGCACCAGAUCCUUAUAUUUGCGGUGCAGGUGGCUCCGUUGUCCGUAAUAGAAUAUAUUGUCCAACACAAACUGGUUGACGAUAUCAAUGCUCAGGACGACCAGGGGAACACGGCGCUGCACUACGCCGCAAUUUCGUCUCGAAACGACGUUAUCACAUUUUUGAUGGGCCAGGAAGACAUCAACGACUGUAUUGUCAACAAGCAGAUGAAGCAGCCCAUCGAGUGCUCCUCGAAUAUGGAAACGGUGCAGCUGCUUUCUGACCUCCGGACAAAAUUUGUGGAAAUCAAGGCAAACGAGCUGAGAAGCGCUUUUGAGACACGCAAGUUUGACGUGCUCGAUAGGCUAUUGAGCAAUCCACGGGUCAAAAACCUGCUGGACAUCAAUGGAACCGAUCCCGUCACGGGAGACACUGUUUUGCUGGAGUUUAUCAAGAAAGACGACAUCCAGAUGGUCAAGUUCAUUCUGGAACAUGGAGGGGAUCCGUUCAAACGGAGUCUCAAUGGCAAACUUCCUAUUGACUCUGCUGUGUCGUCCACGAUGAAGAAAUUGCUAAAAGAAUCGUGCAACCAUCAGACCAUGAUCGAUCCUACUAAUCAGAGCGGACAGCUUCACUCAGGUCCGCCAACAUUCAAGGGUUUUCUGAAGAAAUGGACCAAUUUUGCCGGCGGCUAUAAACUGAGAUGGUUCAUUCUGGACGCCGAAGGAAGACUCUCUUACUACACCUCUCCGAACGAUAUUUAUAAUUCCUGUCGUGGAAUGAUACAUCUUGCAAGCGCUCAGUUGCGCAUGGACAGCUCUGAAAAGUCCAAGUUCGAGAUCAUUAUCAAGAAGGGCAACAAGGCAUCUCUCAAAUGGCACCUCAAGGCCAAUCAUGUGAUAGAGACCAACAGAUGGGUCUGGGCGUUACAGAAUGCAAUACGCUAUGCAAAGGACCAGGAGCGACAGCAGCGUGCAAUUGCUGCGGAAGAACAGCAACGGGCCAAGAAGACCGCAAGAAAUAGAGAAAGCUUUGAGUCCACCAGGUCUAAUAGCACACAGAACAUUGGCAACCGCGGAUCGUACAAUGACCAGUCGCCAUCGCCAAUUACCGCCCACCAAAGAACGUUUUCUAACGCCUCUUCCGUGUCUUUGUCUUCGGACGACGAAGGGUCUGGCUCGCUGUCUUCUAGAGACAACAAAUCGUACAAGAAACCGAUGCGAAAACUUUCGAAGCUCGCCAAGAGAAACAAGGAUGCGUUUUCACUACCUGAAAUCAAAGAGAACGCCGAUCUGAAGCUGCCUGCAAAGAAAGACCGUUCGCCUUCGAUUGGAUCUUUUGGGUCUAGUGGGGAGGCGGGCAGUAAGAUUACGAUUUCUUCUGUGGCUGACGACGAACCGGAUACUGACCUUGAUGACGAGGAUAGCAGUGUCCAUACAACUCCCCGAGACAGCAGUAUUGCCGACGGUGAGGAUAUCAUUGCUUCGAACCUGAACAACUCGGAGCUUGCAGUGAGCAAGAACCAGAUGAUGAUCGAGCUGAAAUCUUUUGGCGAGUUUUUGACUGCUGCCGAAUCGGACGAAAGCGUUUCCAAGGGCCAGGUGAUUGAAGUGGCUAUGACGAUUCUUUCGAGUUUGACGAGUCUCUCAGAAACACAGUCUGAUCUCUUGAAAAAGUACGAGAGCAAGUUUGGCAAGAUUAUCGAGAGACAGCAGGAGAUCUCCAAGAUUUGGGAAAAUACUCUCAAACGUUUGGAACUGGAGAUGCAGUCGCGCGAGCAGAAAAUUGUGGAACUCGAAGAUAAGCUUCAUGCGAUCAAGAAAUCUUUAAAGAACAAUCCUGGAAUCAUACAGGCCGUCACUAAGGCCGCGCCAAACGACACGGUGAGAGAAAACAUUGUCAACGUCGAAAGCAAGAGCCCAGAACAGAUUAGACAAUUUUUGGCCGAAGAGGAGGAGUCUGAGGACGAAUUUUUCGAUGCCGAAGACGCUGGGCACGAAGAAGAAGUUGACGAGCAGGCCACCGGUGCAACCGAGUCCACGGCCGUUGCAGAUAGUUCUGAGGAAGACAGCAAGGGCCAUGUUGUUGUAAAUGGUUUUGAGUUGACAAGUCCAAAGCAGCUCGAACGACUUGAAAAAAUCAAGAAAGAGGAAACAUUCAAGGGCUAUGAGGAUCCGAUUAGGACCACGUUGAAGAAAGAAGACAAUAGACCUAAAAUCUCGCUGUGGAGUGUUCUGAAGUCCAUGGUGGGAAAAGACAUGACUAAGAUGACUUUGCCUGUUGUUUUUAAUGAGCCAACCUCGCUAUUGCAGAGAAGUGCCGAGGUGCUCGAAUACUGCUCGCUUCUAGACAAGGCCGCGACCAUCGACGAUUCUCCUACAAGAAUGAUUUACAUUGCUGCAUUUGCCGCUUCGGAGUAUGUUUCCACGGUGGGACGUAUUGCUAAGCCAUUCAAUCCGUUGCUAGGAGAGACUUUUGAGUAUGCUCGUCCGGACCAGGGGUACAGGCUGUUGGCCGAGCAAGUGAGUCAUCACCCUCCAAUCUCUGCACUUAUUGCAGAGGCUCCAUCGUGGUCUUAUUACGGAGAGUCUAAUGUGGAUACCAAAUUUUUGGGUCGCUCCUUUGACAUCAAACAUCUGGGUACGUGGUAUGUGGAUUUAUAUCCCGGAAAAGGUGUUGUGGACCAGAAGGGCCAGAGAGUGGACCACGAAACGUAUUCCUGGAAAAAGAUCAGGAACUCUGUCAUUGGUAUCAUUGUCGGAAAUCCAACUAUCGAUAACUAUGGGGAGAUGGAAAUUAGAAACCACACCACUGGUGACUAUAUGAGCUUCAAUUUCAAGCAACGAGGCUGGAGAGCUUCAAGCGCCGGUGAAGUCAAGGGUGAGAUCUACUCGAACGACGGUAAGCUGAAGUACACGAUCGGUGGUCAUUGGAACUCGAAGAUCUUCGCCAAGGAUGCUACCAAGCCUGAUGCACCGAAGUUCCUGGUGUGGGAAGCAAACGAGAGAACAGAGAUGAUGUUCCAUCUCACGAACUUUGCGGCCUCGUUGAACGCGCCUCAGCCUCAUCUUCUACCCGUUAUUGCCUGCACAGACACAAGAUUGCGCCCUGACCAGCGUGCAAUGGAAAAUGGAGAAUAUGACCUUGCCAGCUCUGAAAAGACGCGCGUGGAAAACAAACAGAGAGCUGCCCGGAAACAGCGCGAGCUGUCGGGCCAAAAAUAUGAGCCCUCCUUUUUCGUCCAGGCCAGACAUCCUGUCACGGGUGAGACCUACUGGAAGUACAAAGACAACUACUGGGUGCCUCGCAAAGAGGGAAAGCUGAGAAAUUAUAAAGACAUCUUUUAAUGGUUUUUCUGUAAUGAAUGCUGCGGAUCUAUCGUCUCUUUUCGUCUCUUUUCUGGGCUCUGUCGUAUAGCUCACGGGGGCCCUUGAGUUUAUGGUUUUGGAAUGCCGGCUGUUGAUAGUUUUCCUUGCCUACUCUGUUGGCAAGCUGCUGUCUGACUGCUGGCGGGAGCUGGUUCCCGAAGAGCUCUGUGAGGACUUUGUUGAGUUGCAAUCCGAGCAUGUAAUUGAACUCAUUUUUAUAGCCAUUUCUAAUUUCUUCAAACUUGAGAUUCAUAUUUUUGCAUUCUUCGUUGAGAGCGUCCUCAAACUUGACCAGCUUGCGUUCCUUAAGAAGCAGCUCUGUUUCGUGCUCGCGCAGCCGGUUCUCCCAUUGCGUCAUUUCCCACUCUUUUCUGAACAAUUUGAAAGAGGCGUCCUGUAGCAGUUGGUUGACGGUAGCGCGUUCCAUGGGGUCGACAAUAAGACAUGCGUUGAUGACCAUCUGUAGUCUAUGCGAGUAAUGGUCAGGGAUCGGCUGGAACGUGCCAGCCUUAAUUUUUUCCUGCAAUGCCAAGUGAGUCUUGGCCUGGAAGGGAGGACGUAGAGCACACAAUUCAUACAUGACGCAUCCGAGCGACCACACGUCGCAGACGGGGUCGUACGGUCUAUCCAUCAGCACCUCGGGAGACAUGUAGUAUGGUGUGCCCACAUAGGUCUUGGCAAACUCGUUUUCGUGUUGGAGCCACUUUGCAAGACCGAAAUCCCCCAGUUUGAUCGAAUACCCGUCCGACAAAAGGAAAAUGUUGUCUGGUUUGAUGUCGCGAUGAAUAAUCACCUGAUGGUCCACAGGUUUCGGUUCUAGUUCGGGAGACGACUGGAAAAGAUUGCUGACCGGCUCUAUCGACGUUCCAUAGUGACAUUUGUAAAGCGCAUUCAACACCUGGGUAAAUAUCUGCCAGAUCAGUGUUUCCGGUAUAAACUCGUUUCUCUCCUUGUACUUCUUUAUCAGCACCGAUAGAUCGCCUCCGUCGCAGUACUCCAUAUACAAAUGAACCUGGUGCUCAUCCUGGACAUGGUCAUGGUGGAGAUACUGCACAAUGUUGGGAUGUCUCAGUUCUCGUAGGAUCCUGAACUCGGUGCUAAGCUGGUGCUUCUCCUUGCUAUUCAUGGCCCCGUAUGAUAUUUCCUUGCGUACAAACACCUUUCCGUCAGCGACACGCCUUACUUUGCGCACACAUCCGAACGAGCCUCGUCCGAUGAGCUCCAACACUU